AUGGUUAUGGUAAAGAUAAUGAUGAUGCUGCAGCUAGUUGCCUCUGCUUCUGCUUCUGCUUCUGCUUCUGCUUCUGUUUCUGCUUCUCUUUCUGACGGUAAUGAUGAUGAUGAUGAUGAUGAUGAUGAUGAUGAUGAUGAGACUGAUGAUGAUGAUGAUGAUGAUGAUGAUGAUGAUGAUCAUGAUAUUGAUUAUGAUAUUGAUGCUAACAACAAUGAUGAUGGUGAUGGUUAUUAUAAUAAUUACAAUUUCACUGCUGAUGAUGAUACCAAACAGAAUUUUUAUCCAAGAAGCAAAAAAAGAGAAAGACGGAAUAUAUAUUAG